UGAAAUGAAAACCACGGUUAUGGAAAACAACAUUUGCCCCCACUGUUUUGAUCCUACACAUCGCUUUUGUGAGGUACUGCUGGACCAGAGAAGCAGGCUCCAUGACCACAUCAAGAAACUCCGCGAGGUCUCACGGAGAAUCAACAAACUGCACCAGCGUUCUCUGAUUGCCAACCUCACCGGCAGCUCUUUAAGUGCAGCGGGAGCCCUCACAGCCAUCGUGGGGCUGUCCUUGAGCCCUGCUACUUUAGGGGCAUCUCUUGUGGCUUCUGGCGUGGGGUUAGGAGUAGCAGCUGCAGGAGGGGCUGUUACUGUGACUUCAGACCUCUCCUUGGUGUUUUGCAAUUCCAGGGAGGUGAAAAGGGUGAGGAAGAUUGCAGUGGCUUGUCACGCUCAGAUGAGGGAAAUCAUGAACUGCCUGGAGUUUGUACACUGCAGUCAGGGCCCGAUGGACCCCACCUUACUGCCGGCUGAGAAAAAUGCAUCCAUCGCAUUGUAUAGUUCCAUCUGCUUCCUGGUCUUCUGUGGCUCUCAUGGCUUCCUGGUCCCAGAGCACACUGAAGAGGGAACAAAAGUCAGCCAGGUUGUGCUUAAGGCCAAAGUUCAGAAGCUGGUGGAAAACCUAGAAGCCUGUGCAAGGCCAAUGGAUGAGAUCUGUGGACUUCUACAGAACAGGAAAGAAUGUCCCUUGAAGGCAAGAAGACCAGCACCCUGGGAUCAGCAUCACUUCUGAGCAAGCGCAAGCCUUCUCCUGAUUACCAAAUCAACCAACCGAUCAACCAACCUCUGGCUUCCUUGGGAAAAAAUGACUGGGGCUAAAAGAAGUAAAUACAUUCUGCUGUGGUUGUCUGUGGUUACUAUUUGGAUAGUGUCUAACUAGGAAUUUCUUCAGGCAUCCCCUCAAAUUUGCAGCCCACACACCUCUGGGACUCGGUCUCUACUGCUUCCCUGCCAACAUGCACAGCAAAUGGAUACCAUCACUGCACAAAUCUGUAUAAGGUUGUCACAUGGAACACCACACCUUGUUUUGUUGUGUGGGGAAAUCCCUCCCAAGUUUCUGAACAGUGACCUGGAGGCAAGAGAUAUUUCCAUAACACAGCUUUCCCUAACCUGGUGCCCCCAGAUGGGUUAGACUACAACUCCCAUCAUCCCCAGGCAGUCUAUGCAGCAAGCUGGAGGAGGCUGCAAUAAUAUAUGCCCCGUGAAUUAAUGUUCCAGAGUAAUCAGGAGAAUUUGUUGGGGACCCUUUCCAAAGCUCUGCUUUUAACUGACUCUCACAGUGUCGAUCUCGGUAACAAUCGUGGUCAUGAUGGAGCUGCAGCCAAGACGGGAAGGAAAUAGCUGGAGAUUCCAGAACCUCUAUGUAGUUCACCAAGUUCAACAAGGCAGAUAAUCAGGGAUGAAAGGCCAGAUUGCCUGAAUGUCCCUGAAUCUUUUCCGGUGAUGUACUUAAAAGCAGAUGGAAAUUUGCCAACAAGUGUGACAUGAGAUUAAUCAGUUUUGCUUUGGGUUGUCCCUCAACUUUAUGCAAUCUUUGUGUCAUGUUCUUUCUUGCUUUAACUCUCUUUGGUGUG